AUAAGAGGAAACUCAAAGUUACAAAAAUAAAAAAUAAAAAAAGUUAUGCAAUUUAGAUUAUAUGAUUUAAACCAUUGAAUGAUGAGAGUUCCUAAUAUUGGGAGCUGCCUCAUCAUCCAAAGGUAUUGCAAGGAUGAAAUGUCACCGGCCUUCCCACAGGCCCAUUGGCUAAGUACUUGAACUUAAGCUUCUGAGUUCAAGUGUUAUGAGUCAUGGGUCUUGGGUUCAAGGACUGGUAAGAGAAACAAAAGGAAAAUGAACUACCUGAAAUAUGAGCCUCCCCUGGGUCCUGCUGGCUAAAAAUCUGGAUUCUUGGCCUUGGGGUUUGGGGUUCAAAGGCUGGUGAGAAGGAUGAGGAUCCAAAUUCCAAAGAUGAAAAAUAAAUAAAUAAACAAUCACUGAAUAAAGGUAUUCUAAAAUACCUUCUUUUUUUUUUUUUUUUUCUUUGAACAAAUUAUAAUUUUGAAG